AUGGCGAACGGGGAGCUGGACGAGGAGAGCCUGCAGGAGCUCUACAGCUGGGUGGAUGCCAUCCCCCUGUCCCGCCCCAAGAAGAACAUCACCCGGGACUUCAGCGACGGAGUUCUAGCAGCAGAAGUGGUGAAAUUUUACUUUCCCAAAAUGGUGGAAAUGCACAAUUAUGUCCCAGCUAAUUCAACGCAACAGAAACUCUCCAACUGGGGCCAUCUCAACAGGAAGGUGCUGAACAAGCUGAAUUUCUCCAUCCCGGAAGAUCUGAUCCGGAAGAUCGUACAGUGCACGCCUGGCGUGGUGGAGCUGGUGCUGCUCCCACUGCGGCAGAAAAUCGAGGAGAAGCAGAAGCAGAGCAAGGUGGCGUCUGGCACAUAUCAGGUCAGCGCUCCAGCAGAAGGGCUGGGCUUGAUGCAGAAAUCACUGGGCUCCGGGGUACCGGAGGGCAUAUCCAGCGGGCAGCUGAUGGAGGGCAGGGCUCCCACCCCUGGCCAGCAAGGCUAUGCCCAGGCACUGCCGGGAGACACCAGCUUUCGCAUUCAGUUAGCAGAGAGGGAGCAGGCUCUGCUGGCUUGUCAAGAGACGGUCCAGAUCCUGCAGAUGAAGGUGCGGCGGCUGGAACACCUGCUCCACCUGAAGAAUGUUCGGAUUGACGACCUCACGAGGCGCCUACAGCAAGUGGAGCAGAAACAGAAAUGAGGCGGCGCUCGGUUUCCCUCCCGCGCCCUUCCCUGCGACUCUCACACCCUCAAAACCUCUCACAGGCACAUUUGUAAGAGCCGGCGUUCCUGUGCCUCUCCCACUGCUAAUCGCUCCUCCUGGGCUUGGAGAGACCGAGUCGUCCCAGGCAGGACUGGUAGAGUCUGAAUUUGAAUAAUGACACAGGGCUCCCAGUUACUUACAAUCCAAGGGCAAGACUGAGGAAAAAAUAAGGCCUAGAGUCCAAGAGUGAAAAAUGCACAUG